CUGAGAUAAUCAAAUUGUUCUUUUCGCAUUCGAACAAAAAAAUGGACCACCCAACCGUUCAGUUUCAGCCAUUCGAUCGAAUCAAAGUGACUAACACAUCGUGAUAAUAGUAAGACUGUAAGAGACAAGUGUAUCUGUCUUACAGUUUACACAAGUCGCUAGGUUUCUUUCCCCAAGAAGAUAUUGAAAUGUUUUCAUGUUGUCUUCCCGCAUAAAUACUAUACAGAUCUUCAUGUUCGUUGACAAGCGUUGAGAAAAAAAAACAUGGACGUUAAAGGAGAUGACGAGUCUCCAGUUAUGAGACCAACCGAACUUCAUGAUUCAGUUUCUGCAAGAACAGGAACAUUGUGGACGGCGGUGGCACAUAUAAUAACAGGAGUAAUUGGAGCAGGAGUGUUGUCGUUUGCUUGGGCUACGGCGGAGCUCGGCUGGAUCGGUGGUCCGGCCGCCGUUAUAAUCUUCGCCGGAGUCACAGUUCUCUCUGUUUCUCUCCUUUCCGAUUGCUACCGUUUCCCUGAUCCGGUCGACGGUCCCCUCCGGCUUAAUUCUUACUCUCAAGCCGUUAAAUUGUAUUUAGGGAAGAAGAAUCAGAUCGUAUGUGGGGUCUUUGUAUACAUUAGCCUUAUUGGUUGUGGCGUUGCUUAUACCAUUGUCACAGCUACUUGCAUUAGAGCAAUUCUGAGAUCGGAUUGUUAUCAUAGAAAAGGACGCAAUGCAACAUGUUCUUAUGGAGACAAUAACAACUACUUCAUGGUUUUGUUUGGUUUGAUACAGAUAUUUAUGUCACAAAUACCGAAUUUCCACAAAAUGGUAUGGCUCUCUCUUGUCGCUGCCACAAUGUCUUUCUCUUACUCCUUCAUUGGCCUCGGCCUCGCCUUUGGCCAAGUCAUAGAAAACCGAAAAGUUAAAGGAAGUGUAAGGGGAUGCCCAGCAGAAAGCAGAGGUGCGAAAGUAUGGUUAGUGUUCCAAGCUCUUGGGAACAUUGCCUUUGCUUAUCCUUACACACCCAUACUUCUUGAGAUUCAGGACACACUGAGAUCGCCACCGGCAGAAAAGGAAACGAUGAAGAAAGCGUCGAUGGCUGCCAUAAUCAUCACAACAUUCUUCUACCUUUGUUGUGGAUGUUUCGGGUAUGCAGCAUUUGGCGAUGCCACUCCGGGAAAUCUCUUGACCGGUUUCGGAUUCUAUGAGCCAUUCUGGCUCGUCGAUUUCGCCAACGCUUGCAUUGUUCUUCAUUUAGUUGGUGGAUAUCAGGUCUAUAGUCAACCGAUUUACGCGGCUAUGGAGAGAUGGCUAACCGAGAAAUACCCACAAAACAUGUUCAUCGCCAAAUUCUACGGUUUCAAGCCGCUAUUGUUACGAGGACGGGCGGUGAAACUGAAUCCAAUGAGGAUGUGUGUGAGGACAACGUAUGUGGUGAUCAUAACUGGAGUGGCAAUGUUGUUUCCAUUCUUCAAUGAAGUACUUGGAGUGUUGGGGGCUCUUGGGUUUUGGCCUUUGGCUGUGUAUUUCCCUGUGGAGAUGUGUAUAUUGCAGAAGAAGAUUCGAGUUUGGACGCGACCAUGGCUUCUUCUUAGGGCUUUCAGCUUCGUUUGCUUGCUCGUCUCUCUCUUGGCUCUUGUUGGGUCUAUUUAUGGAGUUGUCGCAGCCAAACUCCGAUAAUUCUAUUUCUAGAAUUAUUAUACCAGCUAGCCAGGUUUUAAUAGUACAAAUAAAAACUGUCUAUAUACUCUCGACCUAAUUUUCCACAGUAACAGCUAAUUAUGUAUUUCUAAAUUUAUGAUAGAAGCAUAUUAACAUAUAAGGUUUGUUGAAACUGAAGAGGAUUUUUUGUUUCCUUUGUUGCUAUUUUUUGUUUUUGUCCUAGUCCCAAACCUAUAAGGUUUGUUGUGACUUUUUUAAAUUUAAACCCUCGAAGUGUUGCACUACUAAAAAAGUAAGUUAAAAUAUGAUGGUUCACAUUCCUUACCUCACAAGAUUCUCUCUCUCUUUUUUUUUUAAUGUCCACUUUCUCUCUCGCUGUCUCCUAAACGCUUUCGAAUCUUUUCGUGUUUGAUUUCUCAUCGGGAGUAUGCAACAGCAGGCGCCGAUGAGAAACUCGCCGUCGAAGAAUGGGUCGGGGGGGCAUUCUCGUAGUUUCACUGAAACAAUCUGGUUUCCCUAUGUCAAGUCCGGUUUGGGAAUAUCUCCCAACAGAUCCUAUGCCCUCUUCUCCCUCUUAAUCCUCCUCAUCGUCGGCGCGUUCAUAUCCACGCGCCUCCUCCUCGACACCACCGUUCUGAUAGAAAAAGAAGCCGUGACGACGACAGCGACGACGAAAACUAAAAUUCAAACGAUAUCCCCAAAAUACCCUCCACCAGCUACAGUAAUUACACAAAACACACCCGAGUUCACAUUGCACUGCUCCGGCAACGAGACCACCGGGACAUGCCCGAUUAACAAUUACCCGACGACGGUGAGCUUCGGAGAAGAUGAUUCAAAGCAUCCCCCUACCGCCACGUGUCCCGAUUACUUCCGCUGGAUCCACGAGGACCUCCGUCCCUGGGCCAAGACUGGGAUCACGAGGGAGGCAUUGGAGAGCGCCAAGAAGACGGCGAAUUUCCGGCUAGCGAUCGUUGGCGGGAAGGUUUACGUUGAGAAAUUUCAAGACGCGUUUCAGACGAGAGAUGUGUUCACAAUCUGGGGAUUCUUACAGCUUCUACGGAAGUACCCUGGGAAGAUUCCGGAUCUCGAGCUCAUGUUCGACUGCGUCGACUGGCCGGUCGUUAAGGCCGCGAAUUUCGCCGGAGUUGACGCGCCGCCGCCUCCGCCGCUGUUUCGUUACUGCGGAAACGAGGAGACGCUCGAUAUCGUGUUCCCUGAUUGGUCAUUCUGGGGAUGGUCGGAGGUGAAUAUAAAGCCAUGGGAGAGCCUGUUGAAGGACUUAAGAGAAGGCAACCAGAGGAACAAUUGGAUAGACAGAGAGCCUUAUGCUUAUUGGAAAGGGAAUCCAUUGGUCGCAGAGACAAGACAAGAUCUUAUGAAAUGUAAUGUCUCUGAGGAACACGAGUGGAACGCUCGUUUGUAUGCUCAGGACUGGAUCCGAGAAUCAAAGGAAGGCUACAAGCAAUCAGACUUGGCUAGCCAAUGCCAUCACAGGUAUAAGAUAUACAUAGAAGGCUCUGCGUGGUCCGUAAGUGAGAAGUACAUUUUGGCGUGUGACUCGGUGACUCUGCUUGUGAAACCGCAUUACUAUGAUUUCUUCACCCGAGGCCUGCUUCCCGCGCACCAUUAUUGGCCCGUUAGAGAACAUGACAAGUGCCGCUCCAUUAAGUUCGCUGUUCAUUGGGGCAACUCUCACAGUCAAAAGGCAAAGGAUAUUGGAAAGACGGCGAGCGAAUUCAUACAACAAGAACUCAAGAUGGACUACGUGUAUGAUUACAUGUACCACCUUUUAAACGAAUACUCGAAACUCCUCCGGUUUAAACCCGAGAUUCCGCAGAAUGCCAAGGAGAUCUGCUCGGAAACAAUGGCGUGCCCGAGGAGCGGGAACGAGCGGAAGUUCAUGACUGAAUCACUCGUGAAGCACCCUGCAGAGACCGGUCCAUGUGCCAUGCCACCUCCGUAUGAUCCGGCGUCAUUUUAUGCGGUUGUGAAGAGGAAACAGAGUACAACUAUGAGAAUCCAACAGUGGGAGAUGAAGUACUGGAGCAAGCAGAAUCAAACCGGCUCUUGAAUUUUUUAGCUCCAUUUCCGUUUUUGUUGUAUAGAGAGGAAAUAAAUUAUAUACAAGAAUAAACCGGUUUCUACUUGUUUUAAAAUCCGGUUUAUUCUAAUUGUAGAGUAUUAAGUUAUUUAAGUUAUAUGCUUCGGAUUUAAGUUAUUUAACACGAAAAUCAAAAUGAAUAGUUUUCAUACAAUUUUCUAUAUUUACUAAGAUGCUAUUAGCUGUUGUAGUUUCUUAAUUA